AUGGGAGUCCUAGUCAAACUCCAUACCUUCAUUUUCAAUAAAAUUCUUUUGGUUUUUCUCCUCGAGUUUCUCCCGGACUUGCUACGGCUAGCUGUGCUCGGGACGCGCAUCCUUUGGAAACACUACAAGCUCGUGCGCGCCAACCGCGCGUACGUCUCGGCCAUCGACAAUAAAAGCCCGAGAUUUUCAUACCACGUGAAGAAUGAGCCGGUCGUCGAGUGUAGCAUUUGCCUGUCGGAGUUGGUCGACGGAGAGGAAGGGAGACGAGUGGUGGAUUGUUGCCACACAUUCCACAGACGAUGCCUCGAGAAAUGGGUGCUCGGUUAUUGCAAGGCCACAUGCCCGUUGUGCCGAGGUCCGGUGGCUCAAGAGGCAGUCGUGGCCGAGUAUCGGGAGAUGCGGGUCGAGUUGGAAGAUAGCGAGUGGAUCAAGAAGGAGUUGGCUCUCAUCUUGUUGAGUGCCGCUUGGGGGAGCUCGUGUAAUGGAUGUCCUUUGGUCUAG